UAGUCCAGCACAAUCUAGCAGUCCUGUGUGCUAAAAGCUUUCAGUAGUACAUUAAACUACGUCAAAAGCUCUUUAUAUAAUCUUUCUUUACUAUAAAGAUAGUGCUUGUGAUAUGAUACUGUGCGGUGAUUAUUAAUUUAAUGUUGUCGAAUUGUUUAAAUAAUUUGAUGACAAAGAUAAAAACAAAAUGGUGACAGUAAACAAAAAUAAAACAUUGUAAAAUAAAACGUGUGAGCUUUCAGUAUUGAAAGUAGAUGUUGACUGAUACAAGUUAUUAUAAAUAACUACAAAUUUUCAAGGAAAUUCAAUACAAAGAAUAUCCUUAUCAUAUCUGAUGGAAUUGAUACCAUUUUAAUGAUGAACUUUAAUCUCAAUUUUUCAUACAUUUCUAUUAUAACUAUUUUUUUAUGAACUAAAUUUUGAACUCACUGAUUCAAUGCAUCUAUUAUUACUAUUUCUCUCAUUCAAUGAGUUGGACUAUUAAAAUAAAACAUCGUAGAUAUGCAUUUGCACUUUGAGAAAAAUACUAAUGCUAAAUGCGAUUGCAAUAUUUUGUCGCUGAGCUGGAUGGGAAAAGUUCCAGAUGAGUUACCAGAGGACGAGGGAUGGAAGCUGAAUCGUACAAAUUAUUACCAAGAAGGGUGGCUAGCAACUGGAAACGCUCGAGGUCUGGUUGGAGUCACCUUUACUACUUCUCACUGUCGGACGAGAGCAACUGAACUUCCACUUCGAGCUAAUUACAACCUUCGCGGACAUCAGAGUGAAGUAAUACUGGUCAAGUGGAAUGAACCUUAUCAGAAGUUAGCAUCAUGCGACAGCUCUGGUGUCAUUUUUGUCUGGAUCAAGUAUGAAGGGAGAUGGAGUAUCGAGUUAAUUAAUGAUCGUAGCACCCCAGUAACACAUUUUUCUUGGUCUCACGAUGGUCGAAUGGCAUUAAUAUGUUAUCGGGAUGGAUUUGUGCUAGUGGGUAGUGUAGCAGGACAACGAUACUGGUCAUCAAUGUUGAAUGAUCAAGCCACCAUAACAUGCGGAAUUUGGACACCUGAUGACCAACAGGUCUAUUUCGGAACCACUGCGGGUCAAUUAAUAGUCAUGGAUGUUCACGGAGCGAUGGUUUCCGAGGUGCAAUUGUCAGCUGGCAUUACGUCAAUGGCUUGGAGUGCCGAAAAAUUUAAAAUGGAGGAAGGUGAUGAUGAUAUUUCAGGGAAUCCAACACAAUCCGAUGAGCAAACUUAUGUGUUAGCCGUCUGUCUUAACGAUGGAAAUAUUGUGAUGUUACACUCGUUUGAUGAUGUUUCACCAAUAACUAUUAAAACUGGCUUGAAAGCACCACUUUAUGCUGAAUGGAGCAACUCUAAGAAACUUCUUGCUAUCGCGGGAACUAAAGAAACUGAUGGCGUCCAAAUUAAUACUCAGGAAUAUUCCAACUUGCUCAAAUUCUAUUCAGACUGUGGAUCUCUCGUUUAUACAACUCCAAUCCCUUAUACUCAGUGUCCCGUCUCAGCAUUGACUUGGGGUCACAACGACCGACGGUUAUUUGUUGCAACUGGAGCACGUGUUCAUGCUGCUUGGGUUUCUAGACGAGUUGGAUCUCUUCAAUUACUAUCAAGACUAGCUGUAAGAGCGGCAUUAACGCGAGAAUCAGGAGUUCAGCAGCUGCCACUUCCACCUAGAUUAAGAGCUUUAGUCUCUGCUCUCUUUGCAAGUACAAUAAGAUCGUGUGUACCCGAACCACGAGAAUUAAGAAGAUUCGUAUCUAGACCACCACCCGGUGGUGGAAGAUUACAUUGCACAAUGUUAAGACAUGCCGGAGAACCUGCUCCAUUUUACACAUUGUAUCUAGAAUAUUUAGGCGGUUUAGUGCCACUAUUGAAAGGAAGAAGAACCAGUAAAAUUCGACCUGAAUUUGUAAUUUUCGAUCCACAAAAUCAAGACACGCUUCAGGUUCCGGAAUACUCAUUUCCUUCAUUAAGUGAUGGCUCCGAUACGGAAAAAGAUGCAUCAGAAUUGUGUGGCUCACCAAGAAAUAAACGAAAAAACCGUAGAAAAAGAGAUGAUAAGCCUAAUGAAGAGUCUGAUGAUUUAACUUACAUUGAUACCUUGCCAGAGCACGCAAGACUAGUAGAAGUUACUUCAAAUAUUUGGGGUACGAAAUUCAAAAUUCAUGGCUUAACCGAUUCAGUACCAGCUAAUUUAGGACAAGUGACCUAUAGAACUUCACUUCUUCAUCUUCAACCAAGACAAAUGACUCUAGUUAUGACAGAGCUCAGAGAUGAUUUACCAGCAGGUCCCGAUCCAAGCUUCAACCCUAAUCUUUUCUCUGAAGAUGAAGAAGAAACUUUUCAAGAGUCACAAGGAGCUUGUAGGAAAACAAUUGAAACACCAGCUCCACCAAUAGCUCCAAUAACAUCAAGAAACUCUUGCGUGAGCAGCAGUCGACCAAAAUCUCAGAUAACCAAUCAAUUUAUGGGAGCAGAAUCAUCACCAUUAGCACGAACUGAUAGUUACGAAGAAGAGUUGCCUUAUGGAGAUCGUCAAGGAAUAGUUGAAUUUAAUGAAAAUCUUAGACCGACUUCUAGUACCACUUAUCGAUCAUCUCGGCAUAAUCCACCACGAUGUUGUGACGUACCAGCUCUCCAAUCACCGAAAAAUGCAGUUGCACCAACGCAAACUUUAAUAGCCACUUCGAACCCUGCAAACGAUUAUUCUACAAACAUUCAGAGAGUCAAAAAUUCGCUAGCUGAUCAGCAGACUAUGAGGAAAGAGUUUGAAAACAAUAAAAUUAAUCAGAGCGAUGAGAAAAGUAACUUAGUGUCUUGUCAAUCAUCAAAUAUCAUUCCUACAUCAAUACAAAAUGGACAAAGUCCAGGAACUAGAUCAUGUAAUCAAAAUAAUGGUUCAACGUCCCCAGUCUAUCAUAAUUUACCAGGAUUAGUACUUCAAAGUUCUAAUUUUAUUAAUAAUAAAAAUAAUCAUAAAUCCGGGUGCUUUGUAUCAAACUUAAAUUCACCUUCAGCAAACUCUCAAACUUCGUCGACAUCAUGCAAUGUAAAAAAUAUUCAAACUCCUUCUAGUGCAUUGAACUCUCCUACAGGUUCUCAUCAAGCUUGUAACUCUGGAUGUUAUGCAAGUCAAGUCUGCGGACAGAAUCAAUGUUUUCAUAAACGUAAGGACAUUAAAACACCUGGAUUGUGUGGUAAAACUAAUGUUAAUUGUACAAAUCAUAUUGGCGUAUCGUCUCGGAAAACUGAAGAACUAACAUUUAUUGAUGAUGAAUUGAGGGAUAUGGAUUCGAUUGGACAAGCAACAAGUGUUCAUCGAACACCGACUGUUGUUAGCAUUGGGCCAAUGUGCCCUGUUUUAGAUCCGAUGGUUAGGAGUUGUAGUGUUGGUUAUUUAGAUCUAGUUGAUGCACAACUUGUACCUUGUGAUGUUGCAUUGAAAAUGUUAAGAAAAGAGGCGCCGAAUAAAAGACUGGUUUUGGUAUCACGUAAAACAAAAAAGCGAAAAAAAAAUAAAACACAACAUGAUAUUAAUCAACAAUGUGCAAGGCCGAGACUCAAAACAUAUGGAAAAUCUCGAAGUCUAGAUUCUAGUGAUAUUUUUCCGAGUACUGAACAGAUUUCUCUACCUCCCCAGCUUCCAGAACAUGUGGAAGAAUUAGUGCAAACGACAGAAGCAACAGAAAGUCAAGAAAAGAGUAUUGUUAGUGAAAGGCAGAUUGAUGUUGAAUUUCAACAAAAUCUAGGAAAAGAUAAAGUUACUCAAAAAAACGUAUCACCGACUGGGGAAACAAAAUCUAGCAACUCAUUAUCAUCAUCGUUGGAUGGAUUAGCAGCAAGACUUCGAGACUUUGAAGAUAGCCAUAGUUUGCCACCUCCGUCACCAAGACCGACUACUAGAUUACCAAGAAGUUCUCCAAGUAGUCCGGCGCCGUCUAAAAAAGGAAAAAGACCAGCUUCAGCAUCACCAAUUAGAAGAAGGCUUUUAUCAAGUCCUUUGCUAAGUCGGAGAGCAAGAAAAAGUCGAGGAGAAAGCUCAGAUGAUGAAGCACAAGCCCAGGAUGAUACUUCUAGCAGUUAUAGGAACUUGGAAACAUUUCAGAAGGCUCAAUUACGACAAAAGCUUAAACAAAGAGGAGCUGGAACUUCAGGACAUAAACCCGAAGAGCUUGUGAUGCAUAACAAAGCACCAAUGUGGAACGAAUCUAGUCAAGUGUACCAAUUGGAUUUUGGUGGUCGAGUGACUCAAGAAAGCGCUAAAAAUUUUCAAAUUGAAUAUAGAGGAAAACAGGUGAUGCAAUUUGGUAGAAUAGACGGAAACGCUUAUACUCUGGAUUUUCAAUAUCCUUUUAGUGCUCUUCAAGCUUUUGCUGUUGCUUUGGCUAACGUAACACAACGGCUUAAGUAACCGUCAAUUUGUUUUUGAUUAUUAUUUGUUCACGAAAAAUUCUAAAUAAUUGGUCGACUUGACAAUGAGUAAAGAGCUGCUAUAGUUGUUAUAAAAAGAAUGAAAAAAGGAAAAAUAUUACAUAAUACCUUAAUUUAAAAAUAAUUAAUCGUCUUAACCGUCCAAGCGUAGUAAACUUCAUUUAUUAUUGUU